AGCGUCAGAACUUAUCUCUCUGUCGAAACUCUGCAUUGGGAAACAAGUAUUUUUCCCUUUAAAACCUAAAUCAACACGAGAAUCACCAACAAUUCGCGAUAUUCGAUAUUUUUAAUUGAAAAAUUAAAAAAAAAAAUGAAUUUGUAAUGCCCUGAAGUGAGGGACCUCUCGGAGGUUUGAACGUCCAAAAAGGGUUUGACAGAAAAAUGUUUUUAAAUCCUUUAAAAGUCAUCCCCCGUAGGGCCCUAUUUACCCCUCGUUUUUUAUCCUCAAAGGGGCGAAAAGGCUCGGAAUGGGGUGAAGGGGAUGAAAAAUUGGAGGCGGCGGUCACGAAGAGUCAAGAGGAGUUGGAUGAUUGUGUGAAUGCAUCAUCGAAGACCUGCGAAGAGGUUCCCCCCAAGUUGAAGACAGUCAGGGUAUACAGGUGGAACCCGGAGAAUCCCGCGAAAAAAGCUCACAUGCAGACUUUCACUGUUGACUUGAACAGGUGUGGGUCCAUGGUUCUGGAUGUCCUUUUUCAUCUGAAAGCCGUUCACGAUCCAACCCUCGCCUUCAGGAGGUCCUGCAGGGAGGGCAUCUGCGGGAGCUGCGCUAUGAAUAUCAAUGGAGUCAAUACUCUCGCCUGUAUCACGAAAACAUCCACCGAUGACAAACCUCUGAUUAUUUAUCCCCUGCCCCACGCCUACGUAAUCCGCGACCUGAUCCCCGACAUGGGCCACUUCCUGGAGCAGUACAAGAUGAUCGAUCCAUACCUGAAACGAGACGACAAGGGAUUCGGCCCGGGCACGAGACAAACCCUCCAGAGUACGAGAGACAGGAAAAAACUGGACGGAUUGUACGAGUGCAUCCUCUGCGGAUGCUGCACCUUCUCGUGCCCGCCGUACUGGUGGCUAGGAGAGAAAUACCUGGGCCCUGCAGUCCUCCUCCAAGCGUACAGGUGGAUCAUCGACUCCAGAGACACCAGCCACAAGGAGAGACUCGCAAAAAUGAGAGACUAUUACUCAGUCUUCCGUUGUCACACAAUUUUCAACUGCACGAAGACCUGUCCCAAAGGCCUCAACCCUGGGCGUGCAGUCGCUCAGGUGAAGAGGCUCAUCGCAGGCUACACCAAGAAGGAAGAACCUGAUUUUCCUCCCGAGGAGACCUACAUCGAUCCUUGCACCGGAGAGCCACAAAUAAAAUGUUGAACAUCGCGCUCAUAUAUUUUUCGAAA